AUGAACACUGUCAAGAAAUACUUUAAAGAAGAAUGUCAGUUACUUAUGUUAAGUUUAGGACACCCGAAAACUUCGGAUUUUUUUAUAAGUGUUUGGCAGACGACCCGGUCCCCUCUGCCACUUUUAGUAUGGAGAACUCUCUUUUUUCUUUCCUCUUUGAGCAUAGUGAUAACUUCACUCGUAUACUACAUAAAAAGCCCCGUGUCUGUCAGUUUCUGGUUCAUAUAUAUAACUCACUGGGGUUUAGUGUUAAAUAUGUUUGCUACCGGCUUCGGAACGGCGAUUUCGGCACGUUGUUACUUCUAUGGUCCUAUAAGCGCUGAAUUCAACUUGCCAUGGUACGUGAAAACUUUUUGGGUUCUACACAAUGUGUCCGUUCCCUUGGCUUUUCUCAUCACGUUAUUUUAUUGGACUGUACUUUUUAAUGCGAACUUCCUCGAAGAAAUGAACCAAGCUUUGGACAUCGCAAUCCACGGGAUCAAUUCACUCAUUAUGUUCAUACACCAUAUGACGUCCUCGCAUCCGACCCGCUUGCUACAUCUAGUGCAUCCCUUUGCACUUGCGCUCGUUUACGUGUUCUUCAACAUCAUCUAUUAUCUUGCCGGCGGCACGGAUCCGCUGGGACAACCAUUUAUCUAUCCUGUAAUAAACUGGAGCCAACCGGGCUCUGCAACGGUUGUCGUAAUCGUGACAGGGCUGCUUCUCAUAUGCUUACACUUUGUCACUAUCGGUCUGGGAAUGGCCCGGGAUGCAAUUGCCAACCGUAUUCUCAGACCUUCAGUAGCCGUCCACGUCGACGAAGACAUUGCGCUUCAUAACACUAACCCACAAACUACUAUGGUCUAAUUAAUGACUGAUUCGACAUCGAAUUUAUAUAAUAGUUUACUUAAAUACUUAAUUAUUUAAGCGUAGCCAUAGCUUUAAUUAUUUUCCAUGAUGUUUUAAUUUUUAUUUAUUUGUUGUAAUCACUCUGGUUGGUUGAAUUAAAAAACAAUUAUACCUG